CAUGCAGCGAUAAGUGACACUCUGGGAGGGGAAGCAGAACAAACUGUAAGCUGCUGGAGGAUCCAUCUUGCUCGAAAAAGAAACGAGGGUGAAGCAUUUUCCAGUUUAGCAUCUCAGAAACUGUAUCGGUCCCCCCGUUGAGCGCGCUGGGGAGCCCGAGGAAGGGCUGCGUCGCUGCUUGUAGGAUGUCCCGACAUGAGGGUGUGAGCUGUGAUGCAUGUUUAAAAGGGAACUUUAGAGGACGGCGGUUCAAGUGUUUAAUUUGCUACGACUACGACCUGUGCGCAUCGUGCUACGAGAGCGGAGCCACAACAACGAGACACACCACAGAGCACCCCAUGCAGUGUAUAUUAACCAGGGUAGACUAUGACUUGUAUUAUGGAGGAGACACUUUUUCAGUAGAGCAACCCCAGUCAUUCACAUGUCCCUACUGUGGCAAGAUGGGCUUCACAGAGACGUCCCUACAGGAGCAUGUCACCUCAGAGCAUGCAGAGACUUCCACAGAGGUGAUCUGUCCAAUAUGUGCUGCCUUGCCAGGAGGGGACCCCAACCACGUCACAGAUGACUUCACAGCUCACCUCACACUCGAACACAGAGCACCAAGAGAUUUAGUUUAUGAUGAGUCCAGCAGUGUUCGACAUGUACGCAGGAUGUUCCACCCUGGACGAGGACUGGGCGGUCCCAGAGCACGACGCACAAAUAUGCACUUUACUAGCGGCUCCACAGGAGGACUUUCAUCCUCCUCAUCACAGAGCUCCACUUACACCCCCAGUAACAGAGAAGCAAUGGACCCAAUUGCAGAGUUGUUGUCUCAGCUGUCAGGUGUGCGGCGUGCGGCAGGGGGGCAAAUAAACUCGUCAGGUCCUUCAGCCUCCCAGCUCCAGCAGCUCCAGAUGCAACUGCAGUUAGAGCGGCAGCAGGCUCAGGCAGCACGACAGCAAGUGGAGACGGGACGCCACGCGACACGACGCAGCAACAACCCGGGCAACACUGGCACCACCAUCCCUCCACCCAGCACAGCAACUGCCAACACUGCCACUGUGGGUGAAAGCAAUCCCUCGUCCUCGUCCCAGAGCUCCCAGUUCCUAUUAGCACGGUUGAAUGAACCUAAGAUGUCCGAAGCAGAGCGGCAGUUUCUAGAAGGAGAGCGUGCAGACCGCAGCCUGUUCGUCCAGGAGCUGCUGUUGUCCACGCUGAUGCACGAGGAGAGCUCCUCUUCUGACGAGGACGAGCGCCGAGACUUCGCCGACUUCGGUGCCAUGGGCUGUGUGGAUAUCAUGCCUUUAGAUGUGGCGUUGGAAAACCUCCAGCUUAGAGAGAGCAGCUCCACGGGGAAGGAGCCUCCGCCGCCUCCUCUUUGAUGUCCGAGCAUCAAGCAGACUGUGUCCUCUCUGCUGCAACUGUCAGUGAUGGGCAGCAAACAGCAGCAGUCCUCCCUGGCCUCACCCUCCUUUCUCCCUCUAUUUUCUGAGUUUGUUUUUUGGUGAUUGUAAUUUCGGGCCUGUCACCAUUUUUGUUACAUUGUAAACAAAAAUAAAUGAGAGCAAGUGGGAUAAAUGUACGAGUGCGCAAUAGCAAUUGAGUGAGCGAGCGAGAGAAGAGAAAUAUAUAAAUAUAUAUAUAAAAUAUAUAUGAAGUUGAUAAUCAAUCCACAUAACUUUUCUUUUCUUUAUCAGGUAAAUGUUACAGGCAGCUGUGGCAGACCUUUGCUUCCUGUGACAUGCAAACGGCUCUUCGUAUAAAUACUCCACAUUCAAAAGUCAAGAGAGCAUAGGCUCCUCUGAUGAAGCUGCUGUGUGUGUUUAUGACUAUUAAUAAAUAAAAAGUGCUUGGAUGGGUUACCAUAA